UGCAUUAGCACUAUGGCUGAUUCAACUCCCCCUAAAAAUCACAGUGCUAGCUCAAUCACCAGCAUGACGAAAAACCCUAAUGCAGUUCUUACAGACAUGGCACAACACGAUCCAAAUCGAGCGAAGAGGAUUAUGACGAACAGGAGGUCAGCUAUGAAGGCAAAGCAGAGGAAGAAGAUGUACGUUAGUGCGCUCGAAUAUAACUUGGAAAGGUUGUACUGUGAAGCGGCUGCUCUGUCUGCUCGGCUGAAUCUAUGGCUGACAGAUGCCCUUUACAUACAUGCAGACAACAAGAGACUGAAGCAAUGCCUGCAACAUGUUGUGCAGCAAAUUCGAUUGCAAGACACCUUGAUGGAUGAGACUCAAAAAGAGAUUCAAGAUCUGAAAAGAUUUGUUUGGUCACACAAGACCUCGUUUAUUGAGCAGACAGAUGCCCUUUACAUACAUGCAGACAACAAGAGACUGAAGCAAUGCCUGCACCAUGUUGUGCAGCAAAUUCGAUUGCAAGACAGUAAGGACUAUAAUAUUGCAGAAUCACAGCCUAAUUAUUCAACUUGA